UAGCUAAUAUAGAUGGCGUUUGAUAGUGCCUAAUGAAGCUUUAGCUAUUUAAAUCCACGACGAGAAUUGCAAUGCUUUAAAAACAUCUGCACAUCAAGCCUUUUGUCCAAUCUAUCAUGCUUAACAAUAGGGUCCAGGGUUACAUGUUGUCUGCUUUUAAAUUGAAAGUCAAUAAAAGUUUAUUUGGAAAUCAAGAAUACGAAACAUCGCUUUAUAUUAAGGUUCGGGAUAUUACAUCUGAACUAAAGAUGCAGCUCAUUUUCCUCUCGACAUAGAGAAACAUUCUGAUUCAGUUCUGUUCAAGGAUAAAAUAUGAUGAAGAAAAAGAAUUCUGGAUCUAUGCACCAAAUGCAUGGCAUAUUAUAUACUAAUGGGGAUAAAGGGCGAUCAAACCGAAGGAACCUUUGCCAUUCAGCCCCGGUGAAAAAGUUCCCUUUGUCUAUGAGGAUUUCUCAAAUAACCUAUGAAGAACAGGAAUAUGAUUUAUCUUCUACUAUAAAAACACCAGAAGAGUUGAAAACUUUUUCUAAAGAAAAGAUAGCCAUGCCUUUCCGUUGUAAAAGCCUUGGGGAGACAGCAACUUCAACUGGUACUUGUCUUAUAACGCAGUCCAAAGAAAGUGUCUUAAGGAAUCGGACACCCAGUAACAAAUUGGAUUCUCAUGUCUUUGACUAUCUUAAGUCCAGUCUUCAGGAAAGACACAAAACUUUUGUCAAGAAAACGAAAGCAAAAUCUCCAUCUAAAACGCCUUCAGAAGAUGAAGAAAAUGCUUCUGUUUUCAAAGAAGAAAAGUCAACAAAAGUUCGCUUUAAGACGGCGGCUAAGUGUGUUGCCGUCCUUAUUCGGUGGCUGAAUGCCAUUAUCCAGAUAAGUGAUACAAAGACGAUCAGAACAGCAACAGAGGAGAGAUGGUACACACUGUACACCAGUAAGGAGGCCCGGAGACUAGCCUUUAACAAAAUGGUUUACUCCAAAGAAAGGGCUUUCGCUAAAGUGCCAAAGUGGGCAUUAGAUAUAUUUGAUACGGAUCCAGAUACCAGAAGUGAGCGGGACUGCAGGCGGAUCCAUGCUCUUCUCAGGGGUCUGAAAAGCUUCGACAAGUUUACAGAACGAAUACAACUUUAUAUGUGUAGAGCAUUUCGCUAUCAGAGCGUUGAACCAGGUAGAGUCAUUCUACGACGCGGACAUGUGGGAAUCAACUUUUAUUUUAUAUACUCCGGUUCUGUUUUUGUAAAUGUUGAAGACAUUGAUUCUAAAGGAGAUCAUUUCGAGAAGACAGAAACAGUGCUGGCUAGAGGGGAUUCCUUUGGGGAAUUAGCAUUGCUCCAAGAUAUCCGACGCACUGCCACAAUUACCUGCCGGGAGACGUGCGAAGUUUUGGUGGUGGACAAGGAGACGUUCGCUAAAGUCUGCCCAAGUAUCUUUCAGGAAGAAUUAGAAGAAAAAGAAAAGUUUCUAUCUCAGUUGACACUAUUCAAUUCAAAAUAUUGGACCAAGGACAUGAUGAGAGCCCUUUGCAAUGACGCUCAGAUUCAAGAGUACAAGACAAACAAAGUCGUUGCCACAGACAAAAGGGACGAGAAGUGGAUAUACAUUUGUAUGCAGGGCAAAGGUCAAGUGAUUCGGCGGCUGCUGCUGGACGGACCGACUACGUCAAAACGACAAAGAAUUAAGUCAACUGUGUCCAUCAGUCGACAUAAAACACCGGAAGUUAUGAUAAAUCUCCUGGAGGACGACGAACCUGACUCUCAGGAUGUCAGCAGUUUGUCAGCUGAGGAGUCUGAUGAUGAAGAAGGAAAAGAAAAGAUGCUGGAAUCCAUGUCAUUAGAGUAUCGGAAGGACGGACGGAGAACGAGCUUCUUAACACAUUUGAAGUGGGAGGCAGAAAUACAGAGAAGGAAAGCCAUGAAGACCCCAAACCGAGAAGAGAUGGGAAAGAAGAAACAGGAAAUGAUACUCCAUGGCCCUACUACCUUAACAUCUCUCAUGUCUAAAGACAAGGAAAACACGACAUCUGAUUUUAUAUACCUCCACAUAGACAGUGUGAGCAAAGAUGAUGUAUUUGAUAUCUAUUCCAUCAUGCACCACGUGACCUCUCCGCCUGACAGUGACGUUCUGUUGGUCAGUGGCGGGGCUCGCUUCCUACGAAUCAAGAAGAAGAACUUUUUCCAGAUCUGCUCUCGUGAGGCCCUUGAACAAGCGAGAAGGAUCUCCAUAAAAUCAAGGUACCCAACAGACAACCAACUGUUGACGUCAUACACGGAGAAAUUUCACUGGGACAAUUUCAAAAACAUAGUGGUGGAUCAAGUUACUAAGGCGCAUGUGGAGCGUCAAACACGGUUUAAAAACAGCCCUCGUCUACAAACUUCCAUUAUUCAAUAUCAACGACAGAGAACAUUGGAUCUUAUAAAUACCCUCAAACUACAUUCUCAGUGAACCGAAAUCUGAUUUACUGGUUCUAAAUCGGUGCUUCUUCUGUCUUAUUUUUAAUGAAAUCAAUGUUUGUGAUGAUGAUAAUAGCAAUUUGUCCUGACAUGUAUGUAGCAAAGUUAUUGUUUUUCUGUACAUGUAAAAUGAAAUGAAACAUAAGAAGUUAAAUGUUAACAACAACAACAACAACGAAUAUGGAGAAACUUUGAGAGAAAAGCUCAUUUGAGCCUU